ACAUUGGGCCUUCCUAAGCGCCUCUCGCGAGGCUUCCUUCUUCGCGGCCAUCUUGCUGCUGUCGCCGCCGCUGGGGUCACCGGGACAGAGAGGGCAGCGCCGCAGCUCUGCCGACAAUGCUGUCCCGCCUGGGCCUGCGCGCCGCUCCGGCGGCGCUGAAGAGCCUGGCUCCCUCCCUCUCCGUGGGUGUAUUGCAUGCGUCUAGAUCGUUCCACACAGGUCAGCACUGCUUGGCUCCUUUACCACCUCUCCCUGAGAAAGGAGGGCAAGUUCGUCAUGGGUUGAUCCCAGAGGAAUUUUUCCAAUUCCUGUAUCCUAAAACAGGAGUCACAGGGCCCUAUGUGCUGGGGACUGGGCUACUGUUCUACCUUCUCUCCAAGGAAAUCUAUAUAGUCAACCAUGAAACAAUUGCAGGUGCCUGCGUGGUGGGAAUUCUCAUUUAUAUAGUUAAAAAAUAUGGGGGUGAUGUAGCAGCUUUUGCUGAUAAGCUCAAUGAGGAGAAAGUUGCCACAGUUUUAGCUGUGAAAAAUGAUUCAGUCAACCACCUGGAGUCAAUAAUUGAACAGGAAAAGAAGGAGCAAUGGAGGGUUGAAGGCCGCAAUUAUCUCUUUGAUGCCAAGCGGAAUAACAUUGCUAUGCUGCUAGAGACUAACUACCGAGAAAGGCUGCUCACUGUAUACAAUGAAGUGAAGAAGCGGCUAGACUAUCAGAUCGCUGUACAGCAACUGACACGUCGUAAGGAACAAGAUCACAUGAUCAACUGGAUAGAGAAAAAUGUCAUCCAGAGCAUCACUGCUCAACAGGAGAAGGAGAGUAUUGCCAAGUGCAUCUCAGAUUUGAAGAUGUUAUCGAAGAGCACACGGGUGGCAGUAUAAUUGCACACCGUUGAAUUCCAGUCAGCUCUGCAUUGCUUCUAUGAUCUGCUGUUGGAAACUGUACAACUGUAACUCUAAAUUAAAAUAUGUUCUGUA